CCCCUCCCUCCCUCCCUCUCUCCUCCUCCCACUUCCUAGAGAGAGAGAGAGAGAGAGAAAGAGGAGAGAGAGAGAGCGGCGAGCUCCACCACCGACGGGCCUUCCGCCGCCGCGAUGUCUCGCCUGUUCCGCGAGUCCCGCCGCGACUCGGCCUCCUCCAACGGCUUCGGCGGAGGAGGAGGAGGAGGCGGUGGCUCGGGAGGGCUCCCCUCCCCGUUCCCCGAGCUAGGGGUUCGGCUCUCCUCCCCCGAGCUGCGCGAGGCGGCGUACGAGGUGCUCGUGGCGUCGUCGCGUACCACCGGCGGGAAGCCGCUCACGUACAUCCCUCAGGCGGCGGCGGGGGGUGGCGGCGGUGGGCCGGCGUCUCCGGCCUCCGCGUCGUCGGUCUCCUCCGCGAACACGUCGUCCCCGUCGCUCCAGCGCUCGCUCACCUCCGCCGCGGCGAGCAAGAUGAAGAAGGCGCUCGGGCUGAGGUCGUCGGCGUCGUCCAAGGGCGGGAGCCCCGGGAGUGGCGGGGCGAAGGCGCCGCCGCGGCGGCCGGCGACCGUCGGGGAGCUGAUGCGGGUGCAGAUGCGGGUGUCGGAGCCCGCCGACGCCAGGAUCCGGAGGGGCCUCCUUCGCAUCGCCGCGAGUCAGCUUGGCAGGCGUGCUGAUUCUAUGGUUUUGCCCUUAGAAUUCCUACAGCAGUUCAAGGCAUCAGAUUUCCCUGACCCUCAAGAGUAUGAUGCAUGGCAGAGUAGGAACUUGAAGCUUCUUGAGGCUGGUCUGCUUGUUCACCCACUUGUUCCAUUGAACAAAUCAGAUGUUUCUGCACAACGAUUGCGGCAAAUUAUACGUGGAGCAUAUGAUAGGCCACUUGAAACUGGGAAAAACUCUGAGUCAAUGCAGGUCCUACGCAGUGCUGUGAUGUCCCUUGCUGGUAGGUCCGAUGAUGGAACCUCUGAUGGAUGCCACUGGGCAGAUGGUUUCCCUUUGAAUCUCCAUCUAUACCAGAUGUUGGUAGAAGCUUGCUUUGAUAAUGAUGAUGGUACUGUUGUUGAUGAGAUUGAUGAAGUGAUGGAGCUUUUAAAGAAGACCUGGGUUAUUCUUGGAAUUAAUCAGAUGCUUCACAACCUUUGCUUUGCUUGGGCAUUGUUCAACCAUUUUGUUAUAUCUGGUCAAGUAGAUAUUGAGUUGCUUUCUGCUGCGGAGAAUCAGUUGGCCGAAGUUGCAAAGGACGCCAAAACCACUAAAGAUCCAAAUUACAGCAAAGUAUUGAGUUCAACUUUAAGCUCGAUAAUGGGUUGGACAGAGAAAAGACUUCUGGCUUACCAUGAGACCUUCAAUGCAAGUAACAUUGAGUCCAUGCAAGGCAUUGUCUCAAUUGGAGUUUCAGCUGCAAGGGUUCUUGUUGAAGAUAUAUCCCAUGAAUAUCGUCGUAGGAGGAAAGAAGAGACUGACGUAGCUCGCAGUAGGAUAGAAACCUACAUAAGGUCUUCACUCCGUACAGCUUUUGCUCAAAGAAUGGAAGAAGCGGAUUCCAAGCGGUCAUCAAAAAACCCUACUCCAGUUCUGUCUAUCCUUGCAAAGGACAUUGGUGACCUAGCAAUUAAGGAGAAAAAUUUGUACAGCCCAAUAUUAAAGACAUGGCAUCCCCUUGCUUCCGGCGUUGCUGUUGUGACCCUUCAUUCUUGCUUUGGAAAUGAGCUGAAACAGUUCAUAGCAGGGCUUACAGAGCUGACCCCAGAUACAGUUCAAGUGCUUAAGGCCGCUGACAAAUUAGAGAAAGAUCUUGUUAAUAUUGCAGUUGAAGAUUCUGUGGAUAGUGAUGAUGGAGGCAAGUCAUUAAUCAGAGAGAUGCCACCAUAUGAGGCUGAAAAUGCAAUUGCUAACCUGGUGAAAGUUUGGAUUAAGGAAAGGAUAGACAGACUCAAGGGAUGGGUUGAUCGGAAUCUGAAGCAAGAGACUUGGAAUCCAGGUGCCAACAGAGAGAAUAUUGCUCCCUCUUCUGUGGAGAUGCUUCGGGUUGUUGGUGAAACAUUAGAUGCAUUUUUCCAGUUGCCCAUUCCAAUGCAUCCAGUUCUUCUUCCUGACCUAAUGUUUGGACUUGAUAGAAGCCUACAGCUCUUCGUAUCUAAAGCAAAAUCUGGAUGUGGAACAAAGAAUACUUUUAUGCCCCAACUACCUCCAUUAACACGAUGCGAAGUAGGAUCCAAUCUUUUGUUUAAGAAAAAGGAAAAGCCACAGAAUCCUCAGUACCGAGGAAACCAAAAUGGAACAACCAAUGGAGCUGAUCCCUUAGCCCUUCCUCAACUCUGUGUACGCUUGAAUACACUUCAGUACAUGCGAGGUGAGCUUGAGAACUUAGAGAAGAAGAUAAAAACAGGCUUACGAAAUGUUGAGUCAGCUCAGGCAGAUGUUACCGAUGGAUUGGACAUCAAGUUUGAUCUUUGUCAGUCAUCCUGUCAAGAGGGCAUUCAGCAGUUGUGUGAGACCACUGCAUAUAAGGUGACAUUCUUUGACUUGGGGCAUGUUCUCUGGGACAUCCUUUAUGUCGGCGACGUUGCAUCAAACAGGGUUGAGAUAUUGUUGAGAGAGCUUGACCCUAUCCUAGAGACCAUAUCUGGUAUGGUGCAUAACAAAGUGCGGAACCGCGCUAUAACCGCAUUGAUGAAAGCCACUUUUGAUGGGUUCUUGCUGGUGCUUCUUGCUGGUGGGCCUUUGCGUGCUUUCACCCGUCAAGACUCUCAGAUAAUAGAGGAUGACUUCAAGGCCCUCAAAGAUCUGUUUUUAGCUGAUGGUGAUGGUUUGCCAGAGGAAUUGGUUGAUAAGGCAUCCUCCCAGGUGACAUCUGGGCUGGGGAAAGCGGCGGCAGUGGCACUUGCCCAGGAGGGGUACCACAUCGUCCUUGCUGGGCGAUCUUCAGAAUUGUUAUCUGAGACCGUUCAAGAAAUUCGUAAUCGACAACCUGGUGCCUAUCUUGAAGUGUUUCAAGUCGAUUUAUCAUCCUACAAGUCAAUAAAGAAGUUUGAAACUUCACUGAAUCAGUGGAUCAAGGAUUCAAAUAUGGAGCGUUCUAUUCAGCUUUUGGUCAACAAUGCCGGAAUGCUAGCAAACUCAUAUCGAAUCACAGAGGACGGUUUUGAUGAAAUGAUGCAGGCAAACUACAUUGGUCCAUUUGCCCUGACCAACAUUUUGUUACCAUUGCUGAAGAGCAGCUCGACACCUUCUCGGGUGGUUAAUCUAUCAUCUUUCACACACAGAUGUGUGUCAGAAAUUAACUUAUCUGAGAAUGGAUUGAGAGGAGUAAGGUUUGGUCAUUGGUCAGGAAGGAGAAAUUAUCCCUUAGCUUCUACUUAUGAGUAUACCAAGUUUUGUUUACUGAUGUUCUCAUAUGAGCUUCAUCGACAACUUCACUUAUCUUCUGGUGUCUCUGUCAUGGUUGCCGAUCCUGGUGUAGUAGAGACAGGCAUAAUGCGGGAACUCCCUCCAUGUCUUUCUUGGUUUGCGCUUUCUGUUCUGCGCCUCCUUAAUCUCCUACAACAACCUGAAACUGGAGUUGGUGCUGUCCUUGAUGCUGCUUUGGCGCCACCUGAAGCAUCUGGAAAGUAUUUCUUUGGAGGGAAAGGGAGGACCAUAAGGUCUUCUCGGCUGUCCUACGACAUUGAAUUGGCCAAGAAGCUAUGGGAAGAAUCUUUAGCAUUAUUCAACGAGCUGCAGAUUAGAGAACAUGAAUUGAGGGCUAGUUGAACUAACCUGUACUACCUCCGUUCCACCUCCAUUCCAUAAGUAUUUCUAAAUUGUUUCGCAAGGAGAAAAUACUAUAAUUUCUUUCAAUAAAUAAGGAAUGAAUAAAGAAAGGUUAGAGGCUGGGUGGGGAUAAAA